CGGCCUCAAGAUGGCCGCCUGCUGGCGUCUCCGGCGCUGUUGAAUGGCGAAAGCUUUAUUGUUCCCUUCGGGCAGGAGUGUUCGUGUUCUCUAUGGCGCUGUCAAUAAAGAACGGCAGUUUGAAUCGGUGCUGAACAGUUUUCAGUAAGGCACUUUCCAUGUGCUUGUAAAGCUCGUGGUGUUGUGCAGGAGAAAGGAAGAGAAGUCCUGGAACAGCGAUACUACAAUGGAGCUCCCCAACUACAGCCGGCAGCUGCUGCAGCAGCUGUACACACUGUGCAAGGAGCAGCAGUUCUGUGACUGCACCAUUUCCAUCGGCACCAUUUACUUCAGGGCUCACAAGCUCGUCCUGGCCGCAGCCAGCCUCCUGUUUAAAACCUUGCUGGACAACACAGACACCAUCUCCAUUGAUGCGGCUGUGGUGAGCCCCGAGGAGUUUGCUCUCUUGUUAGAAAUUAUGUACACUGGCAAAUUACCUGUGGGCAAACACAACUUCUCCAAAAUCAUCUCUUUAGCCGACAGCUUGCAGAUGUUUGAUGUGGCUGUUAGCUGUAAGAAUCUUCUGACCAGCCUUGUAAACUGCUCCGUGCAGGGUCAGGUGGUGAGAGACAUCUCUAUGCCAUCCUCAGAGUCCUUCAGGAAAGAAACAGAGAUGCCUCAAAUAGAAGUCCUUUCCUCUGAAGGUGUGGAGGCAUCUGCCACCUCACUGGAUGCUUCUGUUACUCCAGAGGGCCCUGUGAAAGUCAAGGCCCAGGAAGCAAUCCAUACAGGAACACAAGAGACAAGUGCAGGUCCUCCCACUGCCCAGAAGGUUCUGGGCGAUGCAGAAGCCCCAGUGGAGACUUCUCACCCAGUUGAAAUUGCUUCCCCCUCACCUGCUGGACAGACCUUGAGUGGAGCAAAGGGGCAGAGUGUAGAACCAGAAUUUGAGAGAAAACACUACCAGCUGAGUUUUCUUCUAGAAAAUGAGACUAUUUUCUCAGAUGCACUCUUGGUUACUCAGGAUAUUUUAAAAAGACUAGAAGAAUGUCCAGAAAUUAAAGGCCCACAGAAGGAGACUGUAAUGGAAUGUCUUGAGAGAAAAGAAGGAUAUACAGCCUUCCAGAGAAUCCUGGAGAAAAUCAGAGCCGGGAGUUUGGAUGUGCAGACCGUUGUGUCCCUGUUGAGGCUGUGCCAGGAUUCUAAUCCCGCAAUAAAAACUGUACUGUCAGACCCAUACACAGAAGAUGCAGCCCCAGUGCAGCCAGAAGGGAGCACAGGGGAGGGAAAGACCUUGUCUGUUCUGUUACUGGAACACAAAGAGGACCUGAUACAGUGUGUAACACAGCUGAGACCUAUUACGGAGUUCCUGGAAACAGCCAAGGAGGAAUUCCUGCCUGGCACUGAGAAAAGGGUGAUUCUGAAUUGCUGUGAGGGCAGAACACCCAAAGAGACAGUAGAAAAUAUGUUGCACAGAAUAACCGAAGAGAAGACCCUGAGUGCUGAGAGUCUGGUGAAAGUCCUCCAGGCGGUGAAGAUGACAUUCCCAAACUUGAGCCUUCUGCUGGAGGAUGUGCAGAAAUUAGCUGCUCUGCCCAGCACUGCAGUCCAGCCAAACCCUGAUGAUUAUGGGACUGAGCUACUGAGACGGUAUCAUGAAAACCUCUCUGAGAUUUUCACAGACAACCAGAUGUUACUAAAGAUGAUCUCACAUGUGAAGAGUAUAGCCCCCGGAGAGAGAGAGGUCAUGGAGAAGCUUGUGAAACAGAGCUCUGGCUCAGGCGGUUUCAGUUCCCUGGUGACGGCAGUUCUAGAAAAGCAGAUUCUCUCUGCCACAGCCCUUUGGCAGCUGCUUCUGGCGGCUCAGGACACAAAGACCUGCCCCCUGAGCCUGCUCAUGGAUGAAAUACGGAAGGAGCCUGGCGCCUGUGCUUUCUUCUGGGCAGUGACAACCCCAGAAACUACUGCCUUAGAAAUAGUCCUAAGGCAUAACAAGUUGAUCAUAGAGGCCAUCCAACGGAGGGGUGAGCUCAAGUCCUUUUCCUCGGAAGAAAAGCAGCUGGCUGGGAGUUUGAAAGAGAUUUUAAGCAUUUCUUCUGAGACAGCGAGCCCCGAAGCUUCCCUGAGAGCGAUGCUGAGCAGAACCAUGGAAAAAUCAGUUUCAGCCAUUGAAAUUUGUCACUUCCUGUGCAGUGUCCACAAAUCUUUCCCAAGCCUGCAGCCUGUCAUGCAGGAGUUGGCACAAAUUGGUUUCCUUACUAAGGAAAGUGGAGAGAAGGAAAUGUGGAAGGUUAGUAAUAAAUUUCACCUUGAAGCCAAUGACAAAGAAAAUAAAAAGGCUGUGGAAAGUGACUGCCAGCCUGCAGAACAGAACAGCCAGGGAGAGGCUGGUUCCUUGCCAGAACAACAAGAAAAAGACACUUCUGCCUGCCCAGACUCUGCCAAGAAGAGCUUCGUCUGUAAGGCCUGUGACAAGAGCUUCCAUUUCUAUUGCCGCCUGAAGGUGCACAUGAAGCGCUGCCGGGUGGCCAAGAGCAAAGAGAUGCAGUGUAAGGACUGCAGUGAGACCAAGGAUUCCAAAAAAGAGCUGGAGAAGCAUCAGCUGGAGGCCCAUGGUGCAAGUGGAGACCCAGAAGUCCCCAAGAAGAAGAAGAAGAGGCUGCCAGUGACAUGCGACCUCUGUGGAAGGGAAUUUGCCCAUGCCUCAGGAAUGCAGUACCAUAAACUGACAGAGCACUUUGAUGAAAAGCCUUUCUCCUGUGAGGAGUGUGGGGCCAAGUUCGCAGCCAAUUCCACCCUGAAGAACCAUCUCCGCCUACACACCGGGGACCGCCCCUUCAUGUGCAAGCACUGCCUCAUGACCUUCACCCAAGCUUCAGCCCUGGCCUACCACACCAAGAAGAAGCACUCAGAAGGAAAAAUGUAUGCGUGCCAGUACUGUGAUGCUGUGUUUGCCCAGUCCAUCGAGCUGUCCCGCCACGUCAGGACUCAUACUGGAGACAAGCCGUAUGUCUGCAGGGACUGUGGCAAGGGCUUCCGGCAAGCUAAUGGCCUCUCCAUCCACCUGCACACCUUUCACAACAUAGAAGAUCCUUAUGAUUGCAAGAAAUGCAGGAUGAGUUUCCCCACUCUGCAGGAUCACCGGAAGCACAUUCAUGAGGUGCAUUCCAAAGAAUACCACCCUUGCCCCACGUGCGGGAAGAUCUUCAGUGCCCCUUCCAUGCUGGAACGACACAUGGUGACCCAUGUCGGAGGGAAGCCUUUCAGCUGCGGAAUCUGCAACAAGGCCUACCAGCAAUUGUCUGGUUUGUGGUACCACAAUCGGACCCACCAUCCUGAUGUAUUCGCUGCUCAGAACCAUCGAUCAUCCAAAUUCUCAUCACUCCAGUGCAGCUCCUGUGAUAAAACCUUUUCCAACACCAUUGAGCACAAGAAGCAUAUCAAAGCAGAGCAUGCAGAUGUGAAGUUUCACGAAUGCGAGCAGUGUAAGGAGCUCUUUCCCACGCCAGCUGUGCUGCAGAUUCACAUCAAGUGCCAGCACUCAGGGUCCCAACCAUUCAGGUGCUUGUACUGUGCAGCUACUUUCCGCUUCCCUGGAGCACUGCAGCACCACGUCACCACGGAGCACUUCAAGCAGUCGGAGAGCACCUUCCCCUGUGAGCUCUGUGGGGAGCUCUUCACCUCCCAGCCUCAGCUGGAUGGCCACCUGGAAUCUGAACAUCCAAAGGUGGUGGGCACUGAAACCCAGGCGGCUACUUCUCCGAUGGUGCAGGUGAUCCAGACUUCAGAGCCGGCAGCCCCGGAGCAGGUGAUCACCCUGGAGGAGACCCAGCUGGCUGGGUCACAGGUGUUUGUGACUUUGCCAGACUCUCAGGCCUCCCAGACCAGCUCUGAGCUCGUGGCAGUGACUGUGGAGGAUCUGCUGGAUGGCACUGUGACCCUGAUCUGUGGUGAGGCCAAGUGAGGCCCAGUUGCUCACCAGCAGAGGGACCCUGUGUCCGCUUCAGCACCGAAGCUCAGAAACCUGUCCUUUGUCCUUUCCUGCUGACCCGAGUAGUGAGCCUCUUAGCCUAGCACCAAUCCAGAUGACCUCACUCGCAGGACAGACAGAACCUCCAUUGCCCUCACACCCAGCAUCUGCGUCAUGGAUGCCGACUCUGCGUCCUCCAUAGCCUGCAGCCUCCUCGCAGGCUGUUGCUCAGACCUCUAUGCCACUGCCUCAGAAAUAAUCUGAAAGAGCAGUGGGAUGGGAGCUGAGCUCAGGGAAGUGUGACACACUGGCAGCUCUCAGAGGACAGAAAGGCAGUUAGGUGGGGGACUGAGACCUGCCUGUGCCUCUGGCCAUUUAAAAAUAAGAAAAGCACAGCAGACCCACCCGGCCAGAAGCACACUUGCCCUCCCUCACUUGUGCCAGCCUCCCCUCUGCUCAGCGCCAUCUCCUUCCUGUGCCUGUGCUCACACCAGCCACUAGGGUGGCUGCAGGACAGGUGGCAGUGUUAAUGAUGCCCUCAUUUCCAUGCCGGGUCCCACCAGGUCUGCAGUAGUAGCCUUCCUGAAACAGCCUUUGGCAUGUUUCUCCUGGGAGUGUUUCCAGUGAGGCCAUCCAGCUGAGGACAGGCUGCCUAUGGGAUGUUCUUCAUGGCCUUCCCUGAAGGCUGCUUCUCACAGUUCUUCCUUAUUCUCAUCCCUUUUCUCUAAUCAAAGGCUAAUACUUCCACCUGCCCUGAAGGCCUGGCUCGCUGGCUCCCUCUGGGGUCAGUGAUGUUGCUAAUGAACCUGCAGCCUGCAGGUCGCUCUGUGCCUGCACCUGGAGGAGUAGCAGGCUGCCCCUGGCUCUGCUCCUCUGCCAGGGUGCUUGCCUUGUACGUGCCCAGCUCUCUGAGCUCUCCCAGCCUGCAUACUUACUGCAGGUCAGUGAUCCUUCUGAGUCUGAAUUUCACAAAGCCUUUUAUCUUUAGUUCCUAAAAUAUAAUCUGGUAAUUAAUGGUUUGUGGAAUCCAUUAUGAAGUGCAAUUAGAUGGAUGUUGGUCCCUGCCGGUUAGAGAGAAUGACGAGCAUUUAUCUUCUUUUCCUUGAUGCCCAAAGGUUGGAGUGGGUUAGUGCAGUGUUUAUACAGCAGGCAGGACCCCCUGCCACUUAGUGCGGCUUGACCCCUUGCAGAGGGACAUCCAGUUGAAUCGGCCACCCUCUGGCCACCCACUGGAGACAUAGGCCCUGCCCCUUCUCCAGUCAGGUGUGCCUGUGUGGCUGUGUGCAGAGGCACCUAGGGUUCACUUUGGUCGUAGGUAAGCUUUUUUUUUUUUUUUGCACCAGGCACACAGGCAGGUAGGGUGCAGCUAAUAGGGUUGAGAUGGAGCCUUAGCUCUGACUGAUAUUUUCAGGGGCUGGCUGUCGUCUUCGUUGGCACUGGCUUUAUGUGUGCUGUCCUUAAAACUGAGUUCCAGCCCCGGCCCGCUCUCCCCAGCUUGCCCUGGCCAACUGCUCCCACCUCCAUUUGAGCUUGUUAGUUCUGGGAGUUUCCCAUCCCAAAGGUUAGGGGAAGUAUUUAAAGGAGAAGCGGCCUCAGAAACCAAAUACUGACCAGAAGAUGGUGCUCAAGUCUUAGGACUUCACCUCCCUGGGCAGCCCUUGCUGUUUCUACCAAGGCUUUCCCCAUCCUUAGGUUUUCCAGUCCGCCCGGGCUGGCGGACCAGGGAGCGCUUGAUCUGCAGGUGGCAGAAUGGCACAAACUCUUCUCGUGGCACCAGAAGGACUCCUAGGAAAGAUAGAGGACACAGCUUCCAGGCCUCGGUGCCGGGCCUGCAGGCUGGAGUGCAGUGCUUCACAAGCCAUAGCGUGGUGAGAAUUACACUGAGCAGCACCAAAACUUCUGCCUGUCAAAAAGCAAGAUGGUAACACAUGAAGUGCUGAGGGUUUGUAGCGGCAAGUAAGCUGGGGUUUUUUUAAUCUCCUGAAUAAAAAGUGAAGUAAGUUUUAAACCCAAGUGUCAGAUUCUUUGCAGCACUGAGAAACCUUUUCCCAGGUGUCAGUGGGGACCCAGAUGGUGGCCAGCUACUCUUGUCAGGACCACUGGUUUCCUUGCUCACCAUGCUACGAGCAGCCGCCAGACCACCUGAUGCCCUCAUUCCCCCACCCUGGGCAGGAGGCACAGGGCAGCACAGCCCUGCACUCCUAGCCCUGGGCUGAGUGGGCCUCUUCACUGGCUGACUGAUUUCAUGGUGCUGCUCUCUGGAGAAGAUGUGGGUUUUGUUGAAAAAGACUUUUUAAGCUUUCCUCCUCCUGCCCAAGAGACUUCCAAACUACUGCCAUGGGGGACUUUGCUUGUGGUCUCUCUUGUCCACACUGCUUGCUUUCACCAUGGCACCAAUGUUCCCUUUGUUCAUUCAGUGCUACUUGUGUAGUUUGGAGGUCUCCAGGCUUCUUGGAAUGUGUGGAUUUGUUCAGGAAACCCCCCAAGCUUCCUCUGCUCCCAAAGCUCAGGAUCAAGCUGAUGAGGUGCAGUUUGACCAUGGGAACAGUGGAGUCAGGGAACAAGGUUUACCCAUCACAGGUCAGCGAGGCCACAGAUGGACAGUGGAAGAGCAGGACUUAGCAUAGGCUGAUGAGGCUUGGACCUUGCAAAUGCAUGAGCAGAACCUG